AUGUUGAACGUCCACAUCGUCCCCCACACACACGGAGAGCUGGGAUACACCAGGACCUUCCCACAGCACUACACUGGUGAGUUCAUGAAAGGGCAACAACCUUCGUUGAUUAAUAUGAAGCGAAUAUUGGACUAUACGAUCAGCGAACUAUGGGCGCAAGAGCACAGGAAGUUCACGUUUUCUGACACUCCUUACUUGUUCCACUGGUGGGCGAACAGAGAUGCAACGGUCCGCAGGAUGGUGUACACGCUGCUACGUCAAGGUAGACUCUUCAUCGUGGGCGGGGCAUGGGGGAUGGUGGACGAGGCCACCACCAACUACCACGCCGUGAUCGAUCAGUUCACGUACUCGCUAAGGAAACUCAACGCUACGUUCCUAGAGUGCGGGCGUCCACUGAUGGCCUGGCAGGCAGAUGUCUAUGGGCACUCCCGCGAGAUCGCCUCGCUGCUGGCCCAGAUGGGCUUCGAUGGGCUGUUCAUAAACCCGAUCAGCUUCGACGAUGAGCUGGACAGAAUGAGGAGGAAGUCCAUGGAGUUCUUGUGGAGGGGAAGCGAUGAUUUAGGCGCGGAGACUGAUAUCUACACCCACAAGCUGUUCGACGGGUACUGGUCUCCGCCAGGGUUCUGCUUCGGGAGCUACUGCGACGACCCCCUCCUCAUCACUUCGGACUCGGUCUUCAGGAACAUCGACGAGCGGGUCGACCUGUUCAUAAAGUCGAUCCUCCACCGCCAAGCUCCCUACUACUCCACCAGGAAUGUGAUGGUGAUGAUGGGUCAGAGAUUCGGCUACUAUGACGCCUCUAUAUGGUUCGCCAACGUGGAUAAAUUGAUCAACGAAGUGAACAAAAAGAGUUAUGAGACCGGAGCCAAUAUCAAUCUGUAUUAUUCAACGCCGGCGUGCUACCUGAAAGCGGUCUAUGACUCCAACCCGACUUUGGACACGAAGCAGGAUGACUUCUUCCCUAUGGCCUACGACAAAUUCUCUCACGCUACCGGCCUGUAUACCUCGCGACCCACCAUAAAGUACAUGGCGAGAGAGGGACAUGUAUACCUGCAGAUGGCCAAGCAGCUUCAGGUCCUGGCCAGACUGUGGAACAACGACCAGCUCUUUGAAGAGUUUCAGUGGGUCAUGGGAGCCUUUCAAGACCACAACAUCAUCACGGGAGCCAUGCACGACUACGUAAAGGAAUAUUACACGGACAGAAUGUAUUCCGCCGUGCAGAGGUCAACGUUACUCCUGAAGCAGGCGUUCAACAAAUUGCGUAGGAGCUCACAAUCGAACAUUUACUACCGGUGCUCUUUCAACGAGUCGAGCUGCGCCAACACGGAGUCACCGCAGUUUUUCAUCGUGAUAUACAAUCCGCUGGCGUGGCCGGUGUCCGUUCCCGCGCGACUCCCCGUCGGGAACCACGUGUACCAAGUGUACGGACCAAAACUUGAGAAGAUUAACUCUUCUAUCGUGAGGAUCCCGGGCGCCAUCUUGGCCAUCCCGGAGCGAGCCGCCACAGCCGACCACGAGCUGGUCUUCAUGGCCGAGAACGUCCCACCACUGGGAUUCAGAUCUUACUACAUCGAGAGGUCGCGGACGAGAGACGUCAGAUCGACGAUCAUAAAAAAAAUCAAAAACAAAAACAAAAAGUAUCUAAUCAGACAAGUCAACCCCAAAAUGGCGGACGAGAAUCUAAUGAAUGACGAUGAUUAUUAUUAUGACGAUGUUACUAGCACAGCUAGAACUGCAAACAGAAUUGUUUACGGCGAUUUCGGACGCCAUAAAAAUUAUACAGACGGAUACGUUAUAACUCCGAGACCUAGAAAUAAAUCGUAUGAAUCCACCACCGGUCCAAAAAUUAUAGAUGAAACAACAGAGAUUAAAAUUACGACCAUAGACGACACUGACGAAGUGAUACAGAGUAAUUUUAGCGCAGAGACCACAGCACAGCCAUCGACAGACGCAGUUCCAGAAUCUGAUCAAGAACCCUCUGCAGUUGAGAAGGAUUCUGAUAUCAGCACUGAUCCGAGAAGAUCCGAUAUAGAUAAUAAUGGAUAUGUCGUUUCGAAGGAUAUGUUUAUUUCUAAUAAGUACAUCCGUAUCAAUCUGGACUCCACGCGAAAAAUAACAAACCUGACUCUGUCGAACAACGUGUCUCUAGCUUUGGACGUCCAGUUUUACUACUACGCGUCCGACAAACCGACGGAUACUGGCCGGGCGGACAAAAAGAAUCCGGGCGUCUACCUCUUCCGGCCGGUCGAUUCAAAUCCCAUACCGAUCUUGGAUUUCAUCGAGACAAUUGUCUACAAAACUCGUGUAGUAGAAGAGAUACACUGCGCUUAUUCAGAUUACGUCUCGUUCGUGGCGAGAUUGUACACAGACUUGCCUUAUAUUGAGGUGGAUUGGGUCGUGGGGCCAGUGCCGGUGGAAGACGGGUGGGGCAAGGAUGUGUUCUUGAGGUACACGACGGAUCUGGGUAACGACGGCGCGUUCUACACAGACGCAAAUGGCCGGCAGACUUUGAAGAGGCUCAGGAAUCUAAGGGCCACGUACGAGCCCGUCAAUAUGGACGCGAUACCCGGCAACCUCUACCCGGUAACGUCGAAAAUAUACAUAGAGGACGAGCAAAAGAACCUUAGAUUCUCGAUCUUCAACGACAGAGCCCAAGGGGGGACGUCGCUGACGGAUGGAGAACUGGACCUUAUGAUCAUAAGACGGAUUCUGACUGACGAAACGGGAACGGAGAUGAAUCUGAACGAAACUGAAUAUGACAGAGGCCUGAUUGUCAGAGGGAAGCAUAUACUAUACGCGACGAAGAUGAAUCACAAACCAAACAUGAUUUACGAGAAGAGAUUGGCGAAGGAGAUCAGCUUGGAGCCGAAGGUCCUAGUUUCUGAGUACGGUGGCUACGGGCCCUACCUGAAAUCGAAGUGGCUGGGGGAGACCAAUGAAUUUAGUGCGUUAAAGAAAAAACUGCCCUUAGGCAUACAUUUGCUGUCGAUUGAGCAGUGGAACGAAGCCACGGUUCUGAUAAGACUGGAGAAUUAUCUGGAAAAAUCCGACGCAAUCCGAAGCGGAAUCAAAAGGGUCUAUUUGAGAGACGUUUUCGUCAAUUUGAAGAUUAGAAGCAUAGCGGAAUGCGCGCUUGGAGGUAACGUGUGGCUCAAGGACUGGUCUCCGUUGAGGUGGAACAAGAAAACCGAAUUCUUGAGGAGUUUCAACGAAUACUACGGCCGUUCGAACACCAGUACUGUAUAUGCUGAUGAGCCGAGAAUGCUUAGCGAGGGUAGUCUGGAGAAAGGCCUGACGUUGAGGCCGCAGCAAAUCAGGACCUUCGUGGUCUGGUUCGAUUACGUCGACCUUAAGCUGGGUAAUGUGUUGUGA